AGACCUUUUGUUGUUGCAGCUUGUCAUGACGAAGCACAGUAAAAAUAAUACCGCAUCUUCGGUAUUCUCUUACGCUGAGAGACAGAAGGCGGAGUAUGGUACGAAACGGCAACGCCUGGGUAAUGAAUCGAUGCGAAAUUUUGAUGCGUGCGCUUUGUGCUUACAACGAGCGAGAGAGCCAAUAGCAUGCGAUCAAGGCCAUUUAUUCUGCAAGGAGUGCGCGUACACCGACCUAUUGACACAGAAGAAGGAUAUCAAGCGGCAGAAGGAGCGCCUUGAGCAGCUCAAGAAAGAAACUGAAGAGGAGAAACAGAGAGCUAGAGAGGCAGCCAGGGAACGUGUACUGCGUGAUUUCGAGAAAGGUCAACUAGGAUUGUCUGCAAACCUGCCGUCUGUUGCGUCUGCGUCUGGUGCUGAAGCGAAAGAUUCCCGAACAUCGAAGCGGAAGCUUGACUUCGACUCUUCAACAGUUGAAUCUCUUACCCGUGAAGCUGAAGAGGCAGCCCUUAGACAGAUCGAACGAGAGCAGGCGGAGUCAUUACGACACAAAUUACCGGACUUUUGGCUGCCUUCCCUAACUCCUACAUACACCUCAAGCGGCUUGCCGAGCUCCCUCAAGGAUGUUAAGGUUCAAACAACGUGCCGUGGAGGGAAUCCACCCCACCCAAUAACUCUGAAGGCAUUGGUCCCUGUGAAGUUUACGUUGCUACCCACUGCGUCGGCGUCACAAUCAUCAGAAUCUACCCCCGCGGAGAGCGACAAGGGAAAAUCCAAGUUAGAGGAUGAUGGAGUUGCUAUUUGCCCCGCCUGCAAAAGUAAUCUUCACAAUAAUAGGAUGAUGUUCCUCAUGAAACCAUGUUCCCAUGUUGUGUGCAAAGUAUGUGUUGAUAAGCUGGUGCGGGUGGCCAAGCAGUGCAUCGUAUGUGAUCACACACUUGGCGAUAAAGACAUGAUCGAAUUGAAGAGAGAAGGUACUGGGUUUGCUGGAGGCGGCAUUGCAGAAGCAAAGAAGACAGGUGUCGCGUUCCAGGGUUGAAAGUACUCAUCUAUAUCAGGAUCGGCUUGAUAUGUUUUGAGUUGGCUUUCACAGUUCGGUUGCUAAAUAUUGCCCUCAGCUCAUCGAAUGUGCGCUGUUUUUGAAAAUUCUUCCACAAUGACUUCCGACUUACCCAUCCAUGUUUCUUUGACAUAUUGCCGCCAGACCGUUUGGACCGCCAAAUUAACGAUUGACAAUUCAUCCUGUUCAGCAAGCUCUUUCACCCCACCCGGGUUGAAAUAUCGAGCUUUACUGUUGUACUUGUGCUUGCGUUGUUCGCCUGCUGGACUAUCGAUUUAUUUUUGGCUGGAUUUCACUGGUACAUAUUGAGCGCCACGAUGGUUUUGGACACGUAUGAGCAACCUGCAGCCUCGUUUUCUUGGGG